AUGGGCUGCUGUGCUUCAAGAGAAGAGCCUAACUCAAAACAAAAUUCCCAAAAAAACACUAAAAAGUCAUCAAUUAAGCUUAAAAGCAGAAACUCAACUCAAACUAACGCUUCAGCUUCUCAAUCCAACCCUUCAUUAGAAAAAAAGGGCACAGGGCUUACUCGUGCUAAAUUUAUUAAGACUAGUUCAGGCACUAUUCGCAAAAAUUUUACUGUUAUUAAAAAGCUUCAAGCUGGAAUAUAUGGUGAUGUCAAACUUGCAGUUGACAAUCGAAAUAACUUGCAACGAGAAAUAAAAGAAAUCAAUAAAUCACUUAUAAACCCUGAAAUGGAAGAAAAAGGUUGGGAAGAAGUAUAUAAACUUGUUGAACUUGUAAAAUAUAUAUAGGAUCACCCAAAUAUAGGUAAAGUUGUAGAAAUCCGCCAAUCAAGCGACAAAAUUUAUUUUAUUUUUGAGUAUUUAAAGGGAGGGAAUCUUUUUGAUAGGAUUUUGCAAAAUAGAAUUAGUGAAUAUCAUGCAAGUUGCUAUAUGCGUGACAUUUUAACUUGUAUGCAAUAUUUUCAUAGCAAGGGAAUUAUUAAUAGAAAUAUAAGGCCAGAAAAUAUAGUCUUUGAAUCUACUGAAGAUGAUUCUGUCUUAAAAUUAAUGAAUUUUGAGCUGUCUCCUGGGAUUUGCCAAGUUCCAAUACAAACCGAUUUUGUAUUUAUUACAUAGCUUGACUACUUGGCUCCAGAAGUAAGGAAGGGAGACCAUAACCAAACUGCAAGUGAUAUAUGAAGCUUAGGAGUAGUUUUAUAUAUAAUUAUGAUAGGAAGGCCUCCUUUUACUGGACUAUCAAUCAAUGAAAUUACAAGAAGAAUUAAUGAAAAUUUUCUUUUAACGUCAGAGCUUUUUUCAUUAUACUCAGAAGAGAUAAAAGAUUUAUUAAGCAAAAUGUUAAAUAUCAAUUAUAAGAAUAGAAUUACAGCAGUUGAGGCGCUUAAUCAUCCUUGAAUUGUCAACCGAGAAAAUCUUAAUAAAUCAAGUGGAAACGAAGAAGUUUUAACUCGUAUCGCCAGAUUCCAAGUAUAAAAUAUUUAGGCAAAAUCAAUCAUAAAAACAUCAAUUUUGACAUUUAUUAUUUCACAGUUCACAGAUAUUGCUGGAGAAAAAGAAUAUAUAAAAAUCUUUAAAUCCCUUGACACUAAUGAUGAUGGGGUCAUAAAUAAAGCUGAACUUAUUGAAGGCUGCAAAAUUUUGGCAUUAGAAGAUAUUGCUGAGGUUGAAGAAAUAUUGAAAAAUUGUGAUAUAGAUCAAAGUGGAUGUAUUGAGUAUUCGGAAUUUAUUGUUGCUGCAACGAAUUGAAACACUGCUGCACAAAUAAGAAAAUUAAGAAAUGCUUUUGAAGUGUAUGACACAAGUGGAGAUGGGAAGCUAAGUUUCAAUGAACUUAAAGAGGCGGUACCGGGGAUUGAACACUCAGAAUGAAGCAAAUUUUUUGAGGAAGCUGAUGUCAAUAAAGAUGGGAUGAUCAGUUUUGACGAGUUCAGAAAAUUCCUGUUAAAAGAUAAUUAA